UAUUCACAUGAUAGAUAGAUACUCAAUGAUCAGUGCAUUCUCCUAGUGCCUAGAUGUACUUGUUGACCACCCAUAAACACACUUGGCAUCAUUCAUUCAUCACAGUAUAGUGCCUACACUCUACCCUGUCAGUGUGAGGUGUUUUAUCUCAUGUUGUUUCUCUCCACAUGUACCACUCUCUCUGGAUGGACAACAGGAAUGGAUUAAGGUACGUAUUUAGUAUGAUCACAUUCUACCAAGCUGACAUGCUUGUGCUCUGAGCACUCGUUGUUAGGAGGUAGACAGUGUAAAGAAGAGCACAUACGGAUAACUGAAUGUGAUACUAUUGCUUAAUUGAGACAAGUAGAUCUACUCGUAUAGUAGUACCUGAAAGUAUGCAUGGUUAAUCAAGUGUUUCAGUCUGCAUGUUUGGCUGUCCACAAUUGUUUCCCCUCCCCUGUGUCAUGAAAUCACCAGUGUACUGUAUCACUGCACUAAUGUUCUCUUCCUUCCAUUUCAUGCAUCUCCACCUCACCUUUGACUGACCCUCUGAAACAACAGCUUGUUGUUGUGGAGAGCCCGGACUCGGAGACCACUCUAUUGUACUUCCUAAGAACGCAGCUCCGCCUAACAGGUACUAAGCUUGGGUGUGGAGAGGGUGGGUGUGGUGCCUGUACGGUGAUGCUCUCCUGGUAUCAAGAGGGCGUGGUUACACAUGCUGCCGUCAACGCUUGUCUUGCCCCCCUCUGUUCUGUGGAUGGUAUGGCAGUCACCACAGUGGAGGGGAUUGGUAGCUCCCGUGAUCUCCUUCAUCCUGUUCAGGAGCGUAUAGCGCGUGCCCAUGGGUCACAGUGUGGCUUCUGCACCCCCGGUUUUGUCAUGUCCAUGUACACUCUCCUCAGGAACAGCCACGCCCCCUCAGAGAAGCAGAUUGAGGGAGCAUUCGAAGGCAAUCUGUGCAGGUGUACUGGGUACAGGCCCAUCCUAGAGGGAUUCAAAACCUUCUCACAGACUGGCUGCUGUGGCGGUGCUACCAAAUGCUGUAUGGACGUCAAAAGCUCUGAUGGAAUUAAGACUAUCAAAGGUCCUUCUGUCCUCUUUGAUGCCUCCAAAUUCCGACCCCUUGACCCCACCCAGGAACCCACCUUUCCCCCAGCACUCAGGACGGAGCCUCUCAUCUCAUUGGCUAUCAAGGGGCCGAGGGUGUCAUGGUAUCGACCUUUGACCCUGGACCAGUUGCUGGUGUUGAGAGCAAGGUUCCCUCAGAGCAAGUUGGUCAUUGGAAACACGGAGAUAGGCGUGGAGGUAAAAUUUAAGGGGGCCUUCUACGAUACUCUCAUCAGCUGCUCUCAAGUGCCUGAGCUCAACAAGAUGGCGAUCACUGACGAGGGACUGACAGUGGGAGCAUCUGUGACACUCACCCGACUGGAGGAACAGCUCAAGCAUCUAGUGGAGUCUCUACCAGAGAACAAAACGAGGACAUUCUCUGCUCUCCUGGAGAUGCUGCGGUGGUUUGCAGGACAACAGAUCAGGAAUGUGUCGACAGUAACCGGGGUGAUAGUGAUGGACCCCAGCUUCUUCACUGGCUACAAGAAGACAUCCAUUAAGCCGGGGGAAAUACUACUAUCAAUCCUCAUCCCCUUCACCAAAGAGUAUGAGUUUGUGCUGGAGGAGAGAGGAUGACAUUGCCAUCAUCAACGCUGGUCUUAGAGUCGUCUUAGCACCACCAGCGGGUGAUUCCGAUUGGACGGUCCAAGACUGUUGCCUUAGUUACGGAGGGAUGAGUUACAUAACUACAGUGGCCAAGAAGACGCAGGCU